AAUAAUUUAAAACAAAAAACAAAAAGGAGAAAACUUUGUGAAAUUGUCUUUAUGAAUUGUCUGUUAAUGCCACACUGUCGAAGGCCGUUCUUUCCUAAACUCUCUCUCUCUCUUUUGUUCCUUUGAAGGGAAUAAAAGAGAAGAGGAGGGAAAGUACGUGAAAUUUGUGAAUUUGUUUUACAUCUUCGUUAAUCUGCGUUGAGCAUUUCACACAGCCUUUGUAGAGGAUAUAUGGAGAAACAAAGAAAGAAAGAGAAACCGGCCUCUUCCAGACAAAUAUUCUGCCUUUCAGGUCCUUCACACCUCACUUCAGUCGACUGGGAUAACUUUCAUGACCGAAGAUCAGUUGCUGCAAGCUUGGUUCAGGGAGUGUACAUCCUAGAACGUGAUCGCCAAGAGAACCGCAAAGACCCUCUGGCUCAUGCACCAGCUUGGUGGGAGUUCUUCAAUUUCCAAUUGUUCCAUAUUCUUGUAGAUGAUGUUGAUAACUCCAUUUUUGGUGCCAUUUUUCAAUCCAAGCCUUGUAAUUUCACCUACAACCAUUCAUCUCAAAGUUCUCCACAUUAUGUUAUUGCAUUUCGGGGUACUAUAAAUACGUCAAACACCAGGUCUCGUGAUCUCAAGUUGGACUUCCUCUGUGUCCGCAAUAGACUUCAUGAAAGCUCUCGUUUUGAACAAGCAAUGCAGGCCGCGGAGAGCCUCUUUUCUGUUUACAGAAAUUCAAGUAUUUGGCUAGCCGGUCAUUCACUAGGAUCCGCUAUUUCACUGCUUAUAGGUAAAAAUAUGACUAAGAUGGGUUAUAAUGUUGAAGCUUACCUCUUCAAUCCCCCAUUCUUGUCUGCUCCUGUAGAGGGAAUCAAGAGUGAAAGGCUGAAGCAUGGGAUUCGUUUUACAAGCAGCGUAGUCAAAGCUGGCCUCGCUUUUGCUGUAAAGGGUCGUAAUCUUAGACACGAGCAAAAUGAUCCAUUUACUUCACUCUCUUCUUGGAGACCAUACCUGUUUGUGAAUCCUUCAGACCUUAUAUGUUCAGGUUAUAUUGGAUAUUUUGAACAUAGGAAGAAAAUGGAGGAGAUUGGGGCCGGGAAAAUCGAGAGGGUCGCGACACAGGUAGGGAGCUUACUUGCAGGCUCAGGUCUACAAAGAAGCGAGUCAGAACCACUGCACCUGAUUCCUUCUGCCUAUCUUACCAUUAAUUUGCGUCACUCUCCGGAUUUCAAACAUGCUCACGGAAUUCACCAAUGGUGGGAUAAUGGUUUUAUUGGUCUGUCGGAACUACACGAGUACAGGCCUUUUGUAACGGAUGAGAAGUAUCUUCUAAGAUAAUUGCAUAAGGAAAAGUUACAUCACUUACUUACAUUGGUGUAAGAACUCAGGGAGAUUGUAAUUGACUUCCUAUUUCCCGUUUACCAUGAAGACAUAAAACCGAUUUGUCUUCAUAGAGCAAACAAAUGUGGUAGGGCUUGAAGCAGUGCAACUUCUAGGGGUUAUGUUUUUGUAAGGCAUAGGAGCUUUGAUAGACUUGAAAACCAUGGUUGGUCAUGUUGGUCUAUUGCUUCGGCCUUCACAUUGUAUUUAUUCCAUUCAAUACAUUUUUAUCUAUCAAUGAAUCUGAAAGAAAGAAAAAUAUAUUGGAAUUGUAUUAUACCUUUCAAUGAAAUGGAUUGCAGAUGUUUAUCACUAAA